AUGUUGUGGUCUGAUUUUCUCAUUCACUCCUUACCAGGUCAACCAGGCGGCCCUCUGCUAGCCCAACAUGCCGGAUUAAUCCCAAUUAAUGAGUCAUUAAACCAAUCUUUAUUUUUCUGGCACUUUGAUCGAGUGGAAGCACCUCAACUUAAUGAACCGGACAAAACCCUUAUCUGGUUGAACGGCGGACCGGGAUGUAGUUCACUCGACGGAGCCUUGAUAGAGCUUGGCCCUUAUCGCCUCAACUCAGACGGCACCCUUCGGCCAAAUGAAGGAUCUUGGAAUCAAAAUCUAAAUUUAUUGUUCCUUGAUCAGCCCGUAGGCACGGGUUUUAGUUCAGUAGGAGCUGGCAUUCUACAGACCGAGCUACCAGAAGUUACUACAAAUUUUAUGACUUUUAUCUUAAAUUUUGCCGAGUUAAAUCCUGCGUUCCAAAAUACAGAGAUAUGGCUAGGCGGCGAGUCUUUCUCUGGCCAAUACUUACCUUACUUCGCAGAUGCCAUUAUCAGACAUAAUAUCGGAAACAGCACGUUCCCACUUCGACUGGGUGGUGUACUAGCUGGAAAUGCGUACAUCGACCCCGCUUCUCAUUAUUUUGCCCUUCUUCCAUCCGCUGCCGAACAAAAUCUUCUGCAUCCAUCACCCAGCGCUCAGGCGCGCCUCCGUCGUCAGGAAACACUCUGUCGAAUAUCGCUCGACGCUAAUCCACACCAUAUUAGCUAUCGAGAUUGUGAAUUGAUAAUGUGGGGGAUUCUCACUGAGUCCCAACGCAAUGGUACUAGAGGUUCUUUAGAAUGUUACAACCAGUACGACACCCGACUUUAUGAUGAAUGGCCAGCUUGCGGCUCCAACUGGCCACCUGAUGUUAGUCUCACGAAGCAAUGGCUGCGCCGAACCGAUGUACGGAGAGCGCUAAAUGUUCCGGACACAGUUGGCGAAUGGGACGAGUGUCGGGGUAGUGUUUCGAAAGCUAUGUUGCUGAAAACGUCCCAUCCGAGCAUUGAUUUCCUCCCAAGCAUUCUAGCACAUGUUCCGGUCGUUCUAUACUCAGGAAGCGCUGACCUCAUCGUCAAUCAUAUUGGAACGGAAAUGAUGAUAGCUAAUAUGGAGUGGAAUGGCGAAGUUGGAUGGAAUCUGGAUAUUCAUAGUAGUAAUAUUCAUCCACAUGUGUGGUUGCUGGAAGACGGAAGUCCUGGUGGGACAGUUCAGGUGGCACGAAACCUGACAUAUGUUAUUGUCGAUGAUGCUAGUCAUAUGGUUCCCUUUGAUCAGCCGUUGAAAGCCCGAGAUAUGGCAUAUGGUGCUCUUGGUGUGAGAAAUCGCACUCUCUGGAAUUUACAACAAGAACCAAAGUUGCCUUCAAAAACUGGAUCCAGGUAUGAGGUAGAGUUUGUGCCUGUGUGGUUAUCAAGUAGCAUGACCUUGGGCUGUAUCUUUAGUGGGUUUACCUUGUCCUUAAUGUGCUUAAGUUUAUUUCUAUGA